AUGCUAAGGCGCCACCAUAUCUCCUUUAGGAGCUUUGUUGGGGCCAGUGGAACACCCCAGGCAGUGUUUGCCUUCCUUCUGCUUCCAUGUUGUUUGGCUCUGGACUUCAGAGCACCCCCUCUUAUUUCAAACACUUCUUUCCUCUGGGCCUGGAAUGCCCCAGCUGAACGUUGUGUUAAAAUAUUUAAAUUACCUCCAGAUCUAAGACUCUUCUCUGUAAAAGGAAGCCCCCAAAAAAGUGCUACGGGACAAUUUAUUACAUUAUUUUAUGCUGAUAGACUUGGCUACUAUCCUCAUAUAGAUGAAAAAACAGGCAACACCGUAUAUGGAGGAAUUCCCCAGUUGGGAAACUUAAAAAAUCAUUUGGAAAAAGCCAAAAAAGACAUUGCCUAUUACAUACCAAAUGACAGCGUGGGCUUGGCGGUCAUUGACUGGGAAAACUGGAGGCCUACCUGGGCAAGAAACUGGAAACCUAAAGAUGUUUACAGGGAUGAGUCUGUUGAGUUGGUUCUGCAAAAAAAUCCACAACUCAGUUUCCCAGAGGCUUCCAAGAUUGCACAAGUGGAUUUUGAGACAGCAGGAAAGAGUUUCAUGCAAGAGACUUUAAAACUGGGAAAAUUACUUCGGCCAAAUCACUUAUGGGGUUAUUAUCUUUUUCCUGAUUGUUACAAUCAUAAUUAUAACCAUCCUACUUACAAUGGAAAUUGCUCUGAUUUAGAAAAACGGAGAAAUGAUGAUCUUGACUGGUUGUGGAAGGAAAGCACUGCCCUUUUCCCUUCUGUUUAUUUGAAUAUCAAGUUAAAAUCUACUCCAAAAGCUGCCUUCUAUGUUCGUAAUCGUGUCCAGGAAGCCAUUCGGUUGUCUAAAAUAGCGAGUGUUGAAAGUCCACUUCCGGUUUUUGUAUAUCACCGUCCAGUUUUUACUGAUGGGUCUUCAACAUACCUUUCUCAGGGUGACCUUGUGAAUUCGGUUGGUGAGAUCGUUGCUCUAGGUGCCUCUGGGAUUAUAAUGUGGGGCAGUCUCAAUCUAAGCCUAACUAUGCAAUCUUGCAUGAACCUAGGCAAUUACUUGAACACUACACUGAAUCCUUACAUAAUCAACGUCACCCUAGCAGCCAAAAUGUGCAGCCAAGUGCUUUGCCACGAUGAAGGAGUGUGUACAAGGAAACAAUGGAAUUCAAGCGACUAUCUUCACCUGAACCCAAUGAAUUUUGCUAUUCAAACUGGGAAAGGUGGAAAAUACACAGUACCUGGGAAAGUCACACUUGAAGACCUGCAAACGUUUUCUGAUAAAUUUUAUUGCAGUUGUUAUGCCAACAUCAACUGUAAGAAGAAAGUUGAUAUAAAAAAUGUUCAUAGUGUUAAUGUAUGUAUGGCAGAAGACAUUUGUAUAGAUGGCCCUGUGAAGUUACAACCCAGUGAUCAUUCCUCUAGCCAGAAUGAGGCACCUACUACCACUGUCAGCAGUAUCUCACCCUCCACUACAGCUGCCACAGUAUCUCCAUGUACUCCUGAGAAACAGUCCCCUGAGUGCCUCAAAGUCAGGUGUUUGGAAGCCACCUCCAAUGUCACCCAAAAGGGGUGUCAAGGUGUUAAAUGGAAGAACACUUCCAGGCAGUCAAGUAUUCAAAAUAUUAAAAAUCAAACAACCUAUUAA